AUGGGAGUCGAUGAGAAAAAAGGUUCAAUAGUGCUAGAAAAUUUUAAUUCGACAGCUAAUUUAGCAACAAAUCCUGGCUUUCAAUCGACGCUGAGUCUUGGCUCAAAGGAAGUUAUUAACGAGAAAACAUACAAUCCAUUCGAGCAUAGAAAUGUGGAACAUCCAAACUCAACAAUCGGCUCUCUGGUACAUCUUCUAAAAUCGUCACUGGGCUCUGGGAUCUUGGCUAUGCCAGCGGCUUUCAAAAAUGCUGGUCUCAUUGUUGGCGGCAUUGGUACUUUCAUAGUCGGCUUCAUAUGUACACACUGCGUUUAUAUUUUGGUUAGCACGUCACAAGAAGUUUGUAUAGAUGCCAAAAAACCAUCGAUGGGAUUUGCCGAGACCUGCGGAGCAGCUUUUGAAUUUGGACCAAAGCGGUUAAGACCAUGGGCUAAUUUUGCGAGGACCUUUGUGGAUUACGCGCUUGCCUGUACUUACUUGGCCGCUCUUUGUGUCUAUAUUGUUUUCAUAGCUGAGAGCUUUAAAGAGGUCUUGGAUGAAUACAUGCCGGACUAUAUACUGUCAGUAGAGACUUAUUGCGCCCUGACGCUUGUUCCUCUGGUGCUGAUCUGUCAAAUAAGAAACUUAAAAUGGCUGGUUCCAUUCUCGGCGAUCGCCAACGUGUUGCUUGUUAUCUGCUUCGCGAUUACCAUGUAUUAUAUCUUUAGUGAUCUUCCAAGCCCCGCUGAAAGGAAUAUGGUUGCUAGUGUGCCACAAUGGCCACUCUUCAUGAGCACGGUAAUAUUCGCCAUGGAAGGUAUCGGUGUCGUGAUGCCGGUGGAAAACGAAAUGGCGAAACCGGAACAUUUCCUCGGUUGUCCUGGCGUACUAAACGUCGCUAUGACCAUAGUCAUCGGAUUAUACGGGCUUGUUGGCUUCUUCGGUUACAUUAAAUAUGGCGACGAUGUUCGGGGGAGCGUGACGUUGAAUCUUCCACAAGAUGAGUUGAUGGCCCAAAGUGCAAAACUUCUGAUGGCGCUUGCGAUCCUCUUCACAUACAGCCUCCAGUUCUACGUACCAAUGGAGAUGAUCUGGCGACAAAUACACAACAAGAUCCCAGUGAAAUAUCAUAAUAUUACGCAGAUAUCGAUUCGCACUACAAUCGUUCUUGGUUCAGUUGCACUAGCCGCUGCAUUUCCUGAUUUGGAGUUGUUCAUCAGUUUGUGUGGAGCCAUCUUUCUAUCCAGUCUGGGUCUUUUUAUACCAGCUGUCAUCGAAACGGUCCACAAAUGGGACCGAGGGCUUGGUUUCCUUAACUGGAUCCUAUGGAAGAAUUGCUUCAUCGCUGUUAUAGCUAUAAUUGCAUUGUUCGCAGGAUCAUACGUUUCUAUUACUGGUAUAAUAGAAAAGUUUAACCAGCCCGUUCUCGAAAGACUAUUGAACGGUACCUUAAAUAUGGUAAACGAAACGUUAAUACUUUAA